AUGUGUCGGCGGUUAUCGCUGGACCAGCUGGACAAGGUUGCUUUGCCACUCCCGGAUGGCGCCACUUCCUCACAGAUCCUCGAUGAAGCUAUGCUUGGACAGAUGGUGGAAAUUCUGCCAGCACGUGCUGCGGGUUAUCCUUGGAUCAACAUUUACAGUUCCGAAAAGCAUGGCUUCUCACUGCAUACCUUUUAUAGGAAAAUGAUCGACUGGGAUGAGGAAAUGUCGCCCAUAUUGUUGGUCAUUCGCGACUGCAACGACAACGUCUUUGGAGCGAUCGCGAGUACAACCCUUCGGCCGUCCGAUCAUUUUUUCGGAACAGGCGAUUCUUGUUUGUUGUACAGAUUCGUGAACGAUUCCGAAACUAACGAGAAGGAGCUGCGCACAUAUCCGUGGAGUGGUCAAAAUCAGUUAUUUGUAAAAGCAAGCAGAGAUUCAUUGUCAGUGGGUGCAGGUGGUGGACACUAUGGCCUCUGGCUGGAUGCUGAUUUGAACCGUGGUCGGUCAGAAAGAUGUGAAACAUUUCAAAACGAACCGCUGUGUGGCGAUAAUGAGGAUUUUACUGUACAAUUCGUGGAAGCAUUCGGUUUUCGGAUGACGUGA